UAAUAGUGUGAUCUUGAGGAUCAGUUUUAAAACUUGUCAUGCAUCAUUCUCUCUUAGUUUCUUACAUAUCUGUAUGUUGAACAUAUAAUGGAUCUCAUCAACACGUUCUUAAACUUAGUAGCCCCUCCAUUUACCUUCUUCUCACUAUGCUUUUUGUUGCCACCUUAUCUUAUUUACAAGGGCUUUAGCUCUGUUUUCAACUUCAUUUUUAGUGAGGAUGUUACUGGCAAGGUAGUCCUGAUAACUGGCGCUUCUUCAGGCAUAGGAGAGCAUUUGGCUUAUGAGUAUGCAAAGAGAGGAGCCUGCCUAGCUCUUGUCGCCCGCAGAGAGAAGCGGCUGAGAGACGUUGUAUAUAGAGCCGAAGAGUAUGGCUCCCCUGAUGUGCUUAUGAUUCUUGCAGAUGUCCAGAAGGUCGAUGACUGUAACCGGCUUGUUGAGGAAACUAUUAGUCAUUUUGGGAGGUUGGAUCACCUUGUUAAUAAUGCCGGUAUCAGUUCAGCCGCUAUGCUUGAAGAAAUAACUGAUAUCACCACUUUUAGGACUAUAAUGGACACGAACUUCUGGGGUUCAGCAUACAUUACCCAUUUUGCAGUUCCAUAUCUACGUGGGACUAGAGGCAAGAUCAUAGUCAUUGCCUCUUCUGCCUCAUGGUUGCCAUCACCAAGGUUCAGCAUAUAUAACGCAAGCAAAGCGGCACUGGUGGCCUUCUUCGAGACAUUGAGGGUUGAAUUAGGCUCUGACAUUCAUGUAUUAAUUGUGACACCUGGUUUCAUAGAGUCUGAAUUGACCCAAGGCAAAUUCCUUUUAGCUGAAGGAAAAGUGGACUUGGACCAAGAUGCAAGGGAUGUACAAGUGAGUGCUAUCCCAGUUCAAGCAGUGACUGAAUGUGCGAGAUCCAUAGUAAACAGUGCGAGACGGGGAGAUAAAUACCUGACAGAGCCAAAAUGGUUCAGGAUGACUUGGAUAUGGAAGGUGUUUUGCCCUGAUGCGAUUGAAUGGAAUUAUAGAUUGUCUUAUCUACCUGGAGAAGGUGAACCUGCAGCAGAAGCGCCAAGCAAGAAAGUUCUUGACAUGACUGGAGCUAAGAAAAUCCUCUACCCUGAAUCUAUCCAGAUGCCAGAGCUCAAGACCGAUUAAAGUCAAUAGCUGCUGCUUAGCAUGAAGAAACUCUAUAGGGAUAUUGUAGUCCAAACUCGAACACUGUUUUGGAUCAGCAGAUAGUAAACGUUGCCGCGGUUGGGGCUUGUGAAUACUGACGAGGGUUGUCAAUCUGCUUUGUGAAAAGGCCUAAAAAUAAAGAAUUCAAACAUCUUCGUGCUU